UGUGAGGUCACCAAGGCCACUGGCUGGAAUCGCAUCGAGUAGUCAUUAUGCUGCAACGCUUGGUCAAUUCUGCAUGGCGCCGUCGUGCUGCCGCCGCUGGCCCCGCGCGCUUCAUGAGUGCUGGGAUUUCUCAGCACCGCGACACCCCCGACAACACGAAGGAAACGUCGUUUGAUUUCACGGAAGCCAAUUACGUCAAGGUCCACGCAAUCCUGGGACGAUACCCGGAGAACUACAAAGCGUCUGCGAUCAUCCCGUUGUUGGACUUGGCGCAGCGCCAACAUGGUGGGUGGUUGCCACUUGCGGCCAUGAACAAGGUGGCUCGCAUCGUGGACGUGAAGCCGAUGCAAGUGUACGAAGUCGCGACGUUCUACACCAUGUUCAACCGCGAAAAGGUGGGCAAGUACUUCAUCCAACUCUGCGGCACGACGCCGUGCAUGAUCUGCGGGUCCGAGGAAAUCAAGAAGGUUAUUGAGGACCAUUUGGGCAUCAAGGAAGGCGAAACGACGGCCGAUGAAAUGUUUACACUGCGUGAAGUGGAAUGCUUAGGCGCUUGCUCGAACGCGCCGAUGGUCCAAAUCAACGACGAUUUCUACGAAAACUUGACCCCCGAGACCACCCGUCAACUUUUGGAUGCGUGCAAGAAGAACCAGCCGCCUCCAAUGAACAAGUGGGGCUCGUUGCCCAUGAACGGGCAAUUGUCGUGCGAAGGACCGCAAGGCAAAACCACACUGAAGUGGGACAAGCAUCCCGAGCCUGGCUUCCGAAUGCGCCCUGACAGCGAAUUGGUGCCCAAGAUCGACCCCAAGACGAUCAAAGACGAGAUGUUGUAUUGAGCGCAGUAGAAAUGACCCCCUUUCAAACCCUUUGCACUUGUGUAGCAACAAUCAAUACGACUCGUUACUGCUUGUGUACACACGA